AUAAAAAAUGCACUCCUUGUGACUAUUUCUAACUGACAAACAUUCAAAACAAUCAAAACUAUUUGUUAAUGAAGUAUGUACAAAAUUUGCUUAAAAAAGGUGGAGUUUUUUGAGAUGUACCCUUAUAACUCCAAACAACUUGCAAUGUUGUUGAGAUUUUGAGUUAGGCCAUUUAUGUUUUUACAAGAUCCACAUAAUGUACCCAACUCAAAGUGUAAUUUUUGGUUAAGGGAGGUCAUACGAACCCCAAAAAUGCAAAAACAUCAAAAUCAAUUUUUUUUGAGAUGUGACCUUAUUACUACCGAGGUGCGAUAUCAAUCGACAUAAAUUACACAAUAAUAUAGGCAGAAUUUGAAAUUUCUCCUCUCCCCCUGCCUCGGCCCCCCACCCCUAGAAAAAAUAACCCCAGAUUCGAAUUCUACGACCUCAAAAACGUAUUAAUCGAUGUAUUACACAAUAAUAUAAGUAGGCAAAAUUUGAAAUUCCUUCUCUCCCCUUGCGUCACCUCCCAUUCCUACAAAAAAAAUAACUCCAGAUUCAAAUUCUACGACCUCGAAAAUGGUUUUUCAACCAAAGCACGCAACCUAGCGUUUACUAAGUAUUCAAAAGUUACUAAACCUCAAAGUUGUAAGAAAUAGCCACGAGUGGUAAAAAUCUAACUUCUUUGAAAACCUUUUCCCCACAUAAUUAACGUAUCUGCUGAUUUUUAAUUAAUUUUUUCUGAUAUCACAAGCUACGUAAUUUUUUAGCCCAAUUAAAUUAUUGAAAUUUAUCUCUCGAAUUUUUUUCGCAUUUUAUUAGUCAAGGAUAGAGAAGUACUCGUACAUACGUAUAAGUACAUAUGCAUGUAUUUAAAAGUUGACUCCAAUCAAGAUACUUAUCACAACUGAUAAUGUGUAAAACUUGUAUCCCAUAGAGCAUGGGCCUAAUAAAAAAUUCAAAGACAUUAUAACCUUUUUUUCUGUUCAUGGUUGUUUGCGAGUAGCUCUACAUUUGAAAAAAUUUUUAAGAUAUUGGGUAAUGAAUUUCCCAUCUUUCUAGUAUUACAGUUCAUCCUGCUGUGAAAAUGUUUGUUCUGUUUUUUUUUGCUUAUUCACUUGCUGCCACGUGCUGUUCUCUAGCCAAUGCGAACACAGGACCUCGCAAAGAAAAAGUUGCAUUUCCCGAACCAAGAAACAUUAAUGAAGUCGAGGUACAAAUGAAGAAAUGCUUGGAAGAAAAGUACAAUGAUCCAACUGAGCAUCUUAUAGCAGAAGAUCUUCACGCAAAAUGGAGCUUUAUGGCUGCACAAGCCCAAACUGCUUUGAAUUCGGAAUUAGAAAAUGUGUUAAGAGAAACAAAGACGCUGAAGGUAAAAUUAUCUUUGCGGACUGAAGUAUCCAAACUGUUCGAAUAUCUAUCUCCUAUAUGGCUUAGGCAACUGACCUUGAAGGAAAGGUACAAAUGGCGUCUGCUCCUACAGUUAGAAACAGAAUCGACUGAGCUACUCAAACGUAUUAUCACGCAGCAAAUGAAUCUAACUGUGGACCAAUUCUCUGAAGACAUGGAAGAGUUAAUGCAGAUAUCAGCUCGAGGUACCUACUCGGAUUACCUUCCUCAUUUGGAAUGUGAGGAAGAGUUGGAUGAAAUACUUCGGUCGUUGGAAUUCACGAAAGAUAGUCUGAGGAAAAGCCUUAUUGCAGUGAUUUACCGAUUCCAAAAUGAAAAACACACUGUUGCCUUUGGAUCUGGUUCUAAAUACUGCUUCGUACAUUUCCCGUCACUCAAACAAGAAACCACUGCAGAAGAUAUUGUUGAUGAAAAUGUGUUAAGAGAAACAAAGACGCUGAAGGUAAAAUUAUCUUUGCGGACUGAAGUAUCCAAACUGUUCGAAUAUCUAUCUCCUAUAUGGCUUAGGCAACUGACCUUGAAGGAAAGGUACAAAUGGCGUCUGCUCCUACAGUUAGAAACAGAAUCGACUGAGCUACUCAAACGCAUUAUCACGCAGCAAAUGAAUCUAACUGUGGACCAAUUCUCUGAAGACAUGGAAGAGUUAAUGCAGAUAUCAGCUCGAGGUACCUACUCGGAUCACCUUCCUCAUUUGGAAUGUGAGGAAGAGUUGGAUGAAAUACUUCGGUCGUUGAAAUUCACGAAAGAUAGUCUGAGGAAAAGCCUUAUUGCAGUGAUUUACCGAUUUCAAAAUGAAAAACACACUGAUGUCUGUGCCUCAGAUUCUAAAUACUGCUUCUUACAUUUCCCAUCACUCAAACGAGAAACCAGUGCACAAGAUAUUGUUGACUUUCUAAAUAUUUACAUUCCCAACACCGUUCACAUUGAUGAUGUUACUAUUUUUGAGGAGGAAACCGAUGAAGAAGGAAGUUCUCUGAACAAUGUACAGGCGUUUAUACGAUUAAAUAAAACCAUCCAAAAUGAUAGAAAGGAAGAAAUCAACAAAUUGAAAAAUCUCGAACCAAUGUGCGACGAAAUCAAGUUAUAACGUGUAUGCAAAACAGAGUUAUCUUCUUACCUUAAACCCAUUUCUUUCAGGAAAUGACUCAGUCUUUCACACCGCAGAUACCUACACGGACUAUUGAAGUGCCACCGAAAAAAACGCAGCUUGUGUACAAAUUCUGCAAUUCUAAACCACUGAUUUUGGCGUGAAGGUGGAGAGCUGCAGUUGAAGUAUUUUGAAAAUGUAAUGAAUUUUUUAAUGCCAAUUGAUUUUUAAAUUGAAAAACAUUGCAUACCAAGGUGAUUUCUCUUUUUAUUAGAAAAAAAAUGACGUUAAAUAAACAAUACAUAUUUGUUA